UUUCGGGUGCUUGGAUGUGUUGUUUCCAUUCACAAUCACUAUCUAAACCAACAACAUAAUAAUAAUAAUAAUAAUAAUAAUAAUAAUAAUAAUAAUAAUAAAGAAGAAAAGAAGAUGCGGUGGUGGUUGUUAUUCGGCAGAUCAAGGCGGAAAGCGGUGUCAUUUCUAUUCUUUUUAAUCGCAUCUGCCACUUUCACCGCUGUCGGAAUCCUUUUUCUUACCCUUCGUUCACUUGAUGAUCCUUUCACACUCACUCAACAACAUGUUACUACUACUUUUACUGACAAUAAUAAAACUCAAACUACAAAAGUCAAACCAUGUGCCACCGUGGAAGAGAUGGGUGAUGGAUAUCGUGGUGGAUUUAUACACCAGAGUUUACGUGUUCGAGAUUUAAUAAGACGUCAUUUUGAUAUUAAUGGUGCUGCUAAAAUUCGAAGUCUUCCACCAGAGGAGUUUUGCAGACAAAGUUUUGUGAUCGCAAAAGCAUCAGAGGCGGGUUUUGGAAACGAAAUGUACAAGAUUCUUACUGCAGCUGCAUUGAGUGUAAUGUUGAACCGGUCACUGAUAAUCGGACAAACCAGGGGAAAGUAUCCUUUUGGGGAGUAUAUAUCGUAUACGAAUUCUGCUUUCUCCCUAAACGAGGUCAAACAUCUGUGGAGACAAAACGGAUGUUUGACCACCUAUGGCCGACAUUUGGUUAUGAGAAUUGAUGAUUUUCAGAGGCCAAUGAAGACAAACGUUCUGUGUAGCGAUUGGAGGGAGUGGGAAGAUCCUAUAAUAUGGUUCCAGAACACUACAGAUGCUGUGGCAGCUCAAUUCUUUCUAAAGAAUAUUCACGUCAAGAUGAGAAAGGCUGCUUCUGACCUCUUUGGGGAGCUCCAAACUCAUCAUAGGCCGAAUGUUUUUGGGGAGUUACUGAGAAUCCUUAUAUCUCCUACAGAAAAAGUUAAGCAGGCUGUAGAUUCAGUUCUUGGUGGAAGGUCAGAACCGGAUAUUACAUUGCACAUGCGGAUGCUUAUGAACAGGUCUGUUAGGGCAUUGCAUGCAGCAUUAGAUUGUACAAAAAAAGUCUUGCAGAAUGCGCAAUUAGAUUCCAAAGCUAGGUUGGUUGUAGUUUCAGACACCCCUUCAUUGGUGGAGGACAUGAAAUCAAAUUUCGAUACAUUUGCAGAGGUCAUUCAUUUCAACUAUGAAAGCUAUCAAGGAGAAUUAUCUGGGCAAAAUGGAGUGCAUAGUUUAGAAUUUAGAACAAAAGAUUGGGGACCAGCGCCCAGAUGGGUUGCAUUUGUCGACUUCUUUCUUGCAUCACGUGCAAGACGGGCAGUUGUUUCUGGGGCCCACAGGCGUGUUGGAACGACCUACGUGCAGUUAAUUGCAGCACUGGCUGCUGCAAAUUCAGCCGAGAAAAUUGGCGGCGAUUCAGAAUUUUCCUUUUUUAGUAGCUUCCAGAGUACAUUAAUUUCAGAAGGAUUGAGUAAUCAGGUAGGGUGGGGGCAUGUUUGGAACCGAUUUGCGGGUCCAUUAAGUUGUGGAAACCAAACAAAUCAAUGUGCUUUCACACCAUUACUACCUCACGCUUGGUGGGAUGGUAUGUGGCAAUCACCUACCCUGAGGGACAUCCACAGGAUGGAAGCUUACGGUAUUCGGUUAUCAGGGUUAGGUACAAUAGAUGAGGAUCAACUUCUUUCUUUUUGUACCUCAAGGAAAGAAGUUGGAAAAUUCAUCACACUAAUAUAAAUAGUUUCGCGAGUGAGUAAAAACAAGAGAUGCGAUGUAUUCAAUUUUGAAGCACAACAUAAAUGUUUAAUUCUUAAUAUCUCUACUAUCAAUUAUUAUGAUGUUUAUCUGUACUUGAAGUAACUAACAAGAAAUAAAUUUCAAACUUGACUUGA